UCUUUGGUCUGUCCAUCCUCUUUCUUCUUCUUCAUCGCCUUUCUUUAGUCCGAGUCUAAGCUGUACAGAGACUCGGCGAACCCACGGUCGUCGAUGGAGGAUUACGGGCGACAACGAACGUACGGAGACGGAGAGAUGCAGAUCCAGCCGUACAACGGCGGUUCCCGCGAUUUCCGGAGCUACAGCGCGUCGUACGGACAGACCCAUGUGGAGAAUCCGAACCCGAAACCCUACGAUUUCGAGCUGAAGAAGGGCAAAUCUUAUUCCGGGUCGAAAUCGUGGGGAUUAUCCGACCCCGAAUUCCAGAGGAAGAAACGGGUCGCGAGCUACAAGAUGUACAGUGUCGAAGGCAAGGUCAAAGGGUCGUUUAGGAAAAGCUUUCGAUGGCUCAAGCAGAGGUACACACAGGUCGUCUAUGGCUGGUGGUGAACCAUCUCCUUUACCCUUUUUAUAUUCUUUCUUUGGAUUUUGAUUUUUCUUUUCUUUCUUGUUUUGGGCUUUGAUUUUGAUUCUCGAGUAAUUUAUGAGCUGUGUUCGGUUCGGUUCUCUGUGUUGUAAUCCCUCCAAUGUAAGCUGAAGAAAUUGUGUUGGCUGUUCAUUUUACUGUAAUAUAAGGUUUACGUUUCAGGUGUUCC